AUGACAGAGGAGGAGGUGGCCCAGGAACGGAAGCCGGGAGGGAACCAGGGCGGAAGGGGACUAGGGCCAGGCUUGUGUUCGGUUCCUUGGCGGGGCUGGGGUUCCGAUGUGGUCCCCGGAACGGGAGGCCGAGGCCCCGGCCGGGGGAGACCCGGCGGCCUACUGCCCCCGGAGUGGGAGGAGGAUGAGGAGCGCAUGUCCUUCCUGUUCUCAGCCUUCAAAAGGAGUCGCGAGGUGAACAGCACCGACUGGGACAGCAAGAUGGGCUUCUGGGCGCCGUUGGUGCUGAGCCACAGCCGCCGCCAGGGGGUGGUGCGCCUGCGUCUGCGGGACUUGCAGGAGGCCUUUCAACGCAAGGGCAGCGUCCCGUUGGGGCUGGCCACCGUGCUGCAGGACCUGCUGCGUCGAGGGGAGCUGCAGCGGGAGUCUGACUUCAUGGCCAGUGUAGACAGCAGCUGGAUCUCCUGGGGGGUCGGAGUCUUCCUGCUGAAGCCCCUCAAGUGGACUCUUUCCAACAUGCUAGGGGAUCAUAAGGUUCCUGCCGAGGAGGUGCUCGUGGCUGUGGAGCUUCUUAAGGUGGGUGCUCAGGAGUGAGAGGUCUGGGUGUCACCUGGGGUGAUGACAGGACCCUCCACGU